CUCUUCUGCCCAUUAUGUAAGACCCAGUUAAACACACAAUGACACGUUGUAUUACUUUAGUUUGGCAUCCUGGAAAUUAAGUGCUCAGAUAGGAGUGUGAGCAGAAAUCAUACCAGACAUCAUAUCAUGUGACAACAUGUAGGCAUCAACUAAGUAAAGGAAAUCCUGUAGCGACAGCUCUGCACCUGUGAUACAACUUAAGGUACUGUACAGUCAUUCUCCUUAUAGACAAAAAAAUAUUUAAAAUGUUUUUCUCCUGGUUAGUGAAACUCCUCACUGAUGUGUUUGUUGUGGUAACUGCACCUUACUUUCUACACAUAUCAGAUGUUAUUGCUUUCAAUUUUAAGGGAAUUAGUUCAUCCUCGUCUUGCUUGAUCAAUUUCUCUCCAAAACUAUCGAUCACUAACAAAUGUCUUGUUUUUACAUAAUAAAUUAAUUAUCCCACUCAUUAGAGCACUAAAUUAGAGCCUAACUAUUCUAUUUUCAUUUCAAUCAUGAGCUCUCUCUUAUUCAACUCAAGAUCAACUUUGAAGACUGAGCUUGUACUAAUAAAUAGCUCUGUAGAAGAAUUAAAAGCACUUGCAAAUCAAUGGGGAUAAGGGGUCUUAUUAUUUUCAUUUUAUUUAUGUACUGCAAAUCACAGCACUUUACAGUAUCAAAGAGAAAACCCCAACAAUCCAACAACUGAAACACUUCAAGAUAGCAAGGUAGCAAGAAAAGAGAAAUGUCAUUUAACAGGAAGGAAGCUCUGGCAGAACCAGGCUCGAGUGAGACAGCGAUGUGCUGCAACUCACUGGAGGGGGAGAGGGGAUAAAAGCAAUUACACACAUAUAUAUCACUUUGGUUUCUUUCUUCUUCUUUUUUUUAUUUUAGAUCUGGCAGUGAGAAGAGAUGUAUGCUUUACAGUGGCUUCAUUUUUUCAUGUGUGCUUACUUCAAAGAAGCCUCACCUUGGACCAUUGAUGUGCCGUCUUUGGUUAAUGGUCUCCUUGGCUCAUGUGUGGUGAUCCCCUGCUCUUAUAACUACCCAGAUCCCCAAGGGAAGGCCAAAAGCUUCACAGGGAUUUGGAUGACCACUGAGGGGGAUCGAGUCAUCUAUCAUUCAGCUGAGUCGAAAAUUGUCAAGCAGUAUCAGAGUCGAACAAAACUUCUUGGAGACGCCAGCAAGAACUGCUCUCUGAUGAUUGAAAAUCUCCAACAAAAUGACAGAGGACCUUUUUAUUUCAGGAUUGAAAUUGAAGGUUACAACAGAGCUUCUUACAGGAAUAACAAAGUCUCCAUUUCAGUGAUGGAUGAACCAAAUCCCACUGAUUUCUUUGUGCAAGAGGAGGUAAAGGAGGGUGAAAAUGUGUCUGCAUCCUGCUCUGUGUUUCACUCCUGCCCCACAUAUCCACCUGAUUUCCACUGGAGUCACUCUGGAGAGCAUCACCUUCAAACACAGAAGCUUCAAAAUGGCCAGUGGAAAGCAACAUCUACUUUGACCUUUCACUCAAACCGCACUGAUCACAACCGACCUUUACAAUGCAGAGUUACAUACCACGGAGGAAAGCAUCAAGAAACAUCCAAGACCCUUAAAGUAAAAUAUGCUCCAGUGAAUGUGAAGGUUGAGUACCAGUCAGAUGUGAAUGAGGGAGAGACUGCACACCUGAAGUGCUCCAGUGAUGCAAACCCUGUCAGCAGCUAUGAGUGGCACAGUGAAACUGGAGCUCUGCUGAAUAAGGGACAAACCUACACAAUAUUAAUUGUCUCCAGACACUCAGUAGAGGCCGUGUACUGCACUGCUGUCAAUGAAGAAGGACAAGUCAGGUCAAGCACCGUGAAGCUCAAUGUGUUAUAUGCCCCUGACAUUAGGACUUCCUCAAAGUGCUCCUCAGAUUGGGGUGUGUUAAAAUGUGAGUGCAUCGUAGAGUCCAGGCCUCCCAGCAUGGUCCAUUUUGUUCUUGGUGACAGGCUGCAAAACAGCAGUGUAGAGACAAAUGGCUCUGUUACUACUGGGACUCUGCAGACAGACUUUGGGUCCUUUAAGUUUGUUCACUGCCUGGCAAACAACACACUGGGAAAUGAAAACCUCACACUCUCGUUACUUGUAAAUGACAACAUGCAGAAGAUUUUUAUUGUUUCUGGAACAGUUGUGAUAUUGUUGAUUAUUUUGAUAGCCACCGGAGUUGGAGUUGUUAACAAAAGGAAAGAGAACUAUGAGGAUGUCCACAGCAAUGACAUUUGCAGCAACGAUCAUGUAUAUGGCAACGUCCGGACUAAGCGGCGUGUCCCAUUAAAGACCAAUGUCUAACAUCUGUGGAAAACCAGCUGCAGUCUGCAUAUUUAUAAGCUCUGAUGGGAGUCAGAACAAAAAUACUUUCAGCGGCUCCCUUCUCACAAGGAAAAGAGGCUAAAAUAAUGAGUACAUUUCAUUUUUUAUUGUAAAUCACAUGCAUAUUCCAUUACAUGUUUUCUGUCAUCUCAAUUCACAUUUUAGUUUAAAAUAUAGUAACUAUAUAGGACAUUUCAAAUUUUGCCUUUGUUUGUCCUGUGAAAAACCGAAGUAAAAAGAAUUGUGAUAAAUCUGAUGCCAGACUU